AUGUUGUUUGUGCCAAGUCAGUGCAUUAUUAUUUUUAGUCCUUUAUCUUUUACAGCGCAAGAUCGAAUAGCUUUACGGGGGUCGAGCCACCCAUGUGAAGGACGUCUGGAGGUGUACUACAAGAACCAGUGGGGUAGGGUGGGCCAUCAUCAGUGGAGAGAUGAAAACGGUGCGGUAGUGUGUAAGUCUUUAGGCUGUGGUGAUCAUGUGGAAUCUAUGAUUUUACAAGAAGCCUCCUCUUCUUCAUUUACAAACUGUUGGCUGGAUGAGAUCAAGUGUAAGGGGACAGAGAACAAGCUCUGGGACUGCGAAUCCAGCAGCUGGAAUGACACUCAAUGCCACCCUCACACCUAUGUUUCAGUUAGGUGCUCAGGGAACAUUUCUCUGACUCUAAAUCUACAUGGAAUGACGGACGAGUGUGCCGGGGUGGUCCAGUUCACAACACCGAAUGGCACAAUUAGCGUUUGCCAACAGAACUGGGAUGAAAACGAAGCAAAUAAGGUGUGCCAAAAACUUAAGUGUGGGAAAUAUGAGAAGACAUUCAAACUCACCACUGUUAAUGCAAAAGGAAAUUCAUACAGCGUGCCCCUAAACUGUAUUGGCAAAGAAGAGUUCUUGUGGCAGUGUGUGGACUGGUUGUCUGCCAAGUCACACACAUGCCAAGAAGAAAUCGGCAUCAUCUGCUCAAAUUACAGUCAUGUCCGUCUGCACGGUGGUGCUGAUGCCUGUGAAGGAACUUUGGAGGAGAAGGAUAGCACUGAAGGAGGGUGGGCUAAUGUACCAUGUCAAGAGGGUGAUUAUAACAGGCUUGAUAAGAUGUGCGCUAAGCUGAAAUGUGGCAGAGCUGUCAGUGUGAAACCAUGCAAUGAAAGCAAGAACACCUGGCUUAAAUGCUCAGAUCGUGUCAAGGUGCAGCUAGGAAAAAGUGGGGAAAAGCCACCAGCAUGUUAUGGGGACAUCUACGUAAGCGUGAAUGGCUCUCAACAUGCAGUGUGCAUCGAUGCCACCAGUUCUAAUGUGAAUGUUGGCGAGGUGGUGUGCCAAGAGUUGCAAUGUGGAACCCCCCUCUCUGUGUUGCAGAGCUCCAAACUGCAGCAGGACCAAAUUAGUCAGGUUGAAUGUCAUGGACAGGAGAAAUCUCUGUGGGAGUGCUUACACAAACGUGGCACUGUUGGCAGUUGUCGCACCAUCAAUAUUAUAUGCUCAGGCUCUCUGGACAUGCAUCUGAGCAAUGGUCUGGACGAGUGCACAGGCCAACUGGAGGUGAAAUCAUCCGGUUCCUGGUGGAGCGUGAGCUCUGUAGACUGGUCGAAGGAAAAUUCAGACAUGGUGUGUCAGUAUCUUCAAUGCGGAGAAAAAAUGAAGGAAAAUAAUCAACAUCACUUUGUCAAGAGCAAAUUGCAAAUACUGCAAUGGACGUUGAAAUGCACUGGCUCUAACAUCUCGCAGUGUAGGAUGGCAAAAAAGAGAUAUGAUCAACAGGAUAAAGUUGUCAACAUCAUCUGCAACAAGCAUGAGCUCUGGUUUCUGCAGGGCAACUCAACAUGUGAAGGGAGAGUAAAGGGUGAAACUGAUGUAUACUUGCAAAACAUCACCAACGGAAAGGCUGCAGAAGUGUGUGCACGAAAUCUUUGCGGAAGUGUCCAAAAAAUUGACAACAGCAACAUGCAGUCCUCUGUCUGCCCUGAAAACGCAACCUCAUCCUCCAGCUGCUCUAUGAAGAAUACAACCACAUCAACAGAACCUCAAUUUGACUAUGUGAAAUGCUCAGACGUGGUCAAAUUUCCUUCUUCAGUCUCAGGCUCCAUGAAGGUGUGGUUGCAGAACAAGUGCUAUGGGAAGGUGCUGGUGUGUCCGAAAGAAAACUGUGGGGUGUGUGAGGACACCUGGACGGAAAAGCAGUCAAGAAUGCUCUGUAAAAGCCUGGGCUGUGGAGAGUUGUUCAGAGAGAAGUACAGCGAGAAGAAAAAGUCUGGCGUGACCGUGGCCAGUGUACACUGUUCUCAAACUGCUGAGAACUUCGGCCAGUGCAACUUUGUAAAACUUGAAGACACUUCCUUAUGCCAAAAUCCAGCCUACGUUGUCUGCACAGGGAGUGUGAAAGCUGUGCUGCAGGACCCGAGAGAUAAGUGUGCUGGAAACCUUAAGCUAUUUUACUCUGGAGAGUUGCGCCCUCUGUGUACAAACAGCAUCAAUAAUAAGACACAGAAUGCUAUUUGUACAAACUUGGGCUGUGGAGAAGCCCUCAGUUUCAACGAGCCUCUCAGCAAAAUGUCUAACAGCAAGGGACUGACAAGCGUCACUUGUCAAAAUGCCACCCUUUCCAGCUGUGAUUUCUCUAAAACUAAAGUAAAACAAUGCCAAGCUGGUUAUCUCAAAUGCACAGGCUGGAGACGGCUGCUCCUCACCAACAUACAAAACGCCUGUACUGGUGAAGUCUACCUCCAGAAAGAAAGAGACUUCUACGCAGUGAGCAGUGAUGGUUGGAGCAAACAGGAAGGUAAUGAGCUGUGUAAAUAUCUAGAGUGUGGGAAUGUCUCUGAAACUACGAAUAAAGAACAGGUGAACGUGUCUUUCUGGAGCAAGAGCUACAGUUGCACAGGGAAUCCCAAGAGCAUCUGGGACUGCGAGAAGGAAAAGGCACCUGUUAAGAAUCAUCAUCUCCACAUCAGCUGUACGGACAAGCCUGAAGUGAAACUCAAAGGCAACUGUACAGGUGAGGUGCAGCUUAAGAAGAUGCCUGUGUGUUACAAGUCACAGGAGACAGCGCGUGUGUUCAGUGAGUUCUGUCAUGAUCUGAACUGCAGCAUGUUUUUCAAAUCCUGGUCCACUAACUACAGUGGUAAUGCACAUUACCUGAGCUGCACAGGAAAGGAAAGCAAACUGUGGCAGUGCAGCUCAUGGACAGAUAAUUGCGAGGGUGUCGUCUCGCUGGCAUGUACAAAGGCAAUUAAAUUGAACUUCAGCAGUCCUUGUGGAGGCGAGCUUCAAGUGGACUACCGCGGAAAGUGGGAACCUGUCUGUCCUCUGGCGAGCAAUCAAGAUGCAAAUAGGAUAUGUAGAGAGCUGAAAUGUGGAGAUGUCAGUAGAACAAAUGAUGAGGCUGUAGAAAAUACAGCAAAUACAGAUAUUAGCAUUAACUGUGGAGAUGACUAUAAGUCUUUAAUGCACUGCGUCAAACCAGUACCACAAGCCUGCACACGGAAAGCUGUUUUUUAUUGUGACAAUUAUAUUCCUCCAGUGAAGAAAAUUCAACCAGACACUGGACUUAUCGUAGGGGUUGUGGUGGGACUCGUGCUUGUGCUGGUGGCUGUGCUGAUUGUGUUCUGGAAGAGAAAAACUUUCCUCGCCAUAUUAAGAUUCAAGACUUCUGCUGAAGACACUGACAUGGAGAUAAGUGGGAAAGAAAUGCAGAGGUUGAGUGAAAAAGAUGUGUUUGAAGAAGAUGAUUAUGAUGAUAUUGUUACCACUGUGAACCCCAUGGAGGAUAACCAGAGUCAAGUAAGUGCCUCUGAACAUGACGAGGAGAAUAAGAGCACAAGUGAAGGCUCCUCUGGGACUGAAUAUGAUGAUGUUGAUGAAGAAAAUGUCAAACCACCAGCAGAGAGCAGCACCACUGAUCCACUCCUUCCACCCAGACCUGACAACUUACUAGAUGAAGUGACAUUCGAAGCGGAAGUAGAGCCGCAGGAGGACUAUGACGACGUUUCAUUACCCCAGGCCAUGGUCAGUGAGCAAAGAGAAAGCUUUGAUAUCCCUGGUCCAUCAUCAGACCCACCAUUACUGGUCUCUAAUGAUGAGGCCAAGCCUCAGAAAGAUGAGUAAUCACGAUCAUUUUCAGUUUGUACAAAACAUUUUUAAAAAUUCAUGAAAAAUUAUUUUUCAUAAUCAAAUUUAUAUUAUACAUUAAGUUCAAUAGCAUUGGCACUAGCAUAAAUAGCAACAUGCUAAAAUUUGAAUGUGCUUUGACUGUAAAUACUGUCUAUUGUAAUGAGGAGCAGCAAAAUUUAGGUUAAAAUGUGUUUAUGUAAAUCAAACUUGUAAUUGUGAGUUUCUAAAAAUGGAUGGAAUGAGGAAGUUUAAAAUAUAUCUUUUCUUUAGUAAUUCAUUUUCUAAAAUGUGUAUACAUAAAAAUUUACAAAGUGUACCUUUAAAGUUACCUUUAAUGGUGAUUUGCCCCAUCAUUUCAUUUUACUUUACAAAUUUUUUGUUUUAUAUAUUGCUGUAAAGAGGAAAGUUAUGUCCUUGUGGUGAUGAUAUUAUUAUUAUUAUUAUUAUUAUUAUUAUUAUUAUUAUCAUUAUUAUCUUUGUACUCCAAAUAUUAGACAAUAUAUGCUCAUUUUAACAUUGACUUUCAUCAAACUGUUGUUUUUAAAAAAAUGUAUUUUACACAAAGUUGCAGGAACCAUAUAUCCCUGCAUUGUGUGUGUGUGUGUUUUCCUUUAUAACUGGCUGAAAUACCCCAUGUUAACCCUGUGACACCCCUUAGCCUGCCUUCUGAUGUCCCUAUUCCACCUAUAUUAUCCACAAAGACUUUUUGCUUUUUCUUCUGUUUAUAGUCAUAAAGCUCUUUGUUUACCUCACAAAGUCUUGCAUUUCCUUCUGCAAUCUUGUGCUGAUGUUCCUAGAGUGUAAGGCAUUGUUUCCCUUGGUUUGUUCCUGUUCCUAGUUCAUAAUCUUGUGUGACUUCUGGUUUUGAGCUGCUCCUCUGUUUGUUAUGGAUUUUAGUCAUUAUCUGCCUGUGUUUGCCUCAUUCCUAGACCCCACAAUGGACAUAGAUGUUUCUGAAAUAGUCUAAAACUCCUUUGCCCCCUAAACUAUUUAUAAAAAGUAUAAAUAUCUAUUUUUGUUCACAUUACUAUUUACUCUAGUUUUGUAAUAAAGUUUAUUUGUAUCUGUUUGAUUAGCAAGGGUCUAUGAUGAAUGGACAGACUGAAGAAUGGCUCUGAUGCUGUGUAUUAAACUGUAUAGCUCUAAAACUCUUAUAGUUUGAUAUACAGCACAAGAAGCCAUUUUCUCAUUUCAUCCUGUAUGCCUCAUAUAAAAUUAUUAUCAUUCAUGUGUGUCUGUAUCAGAUCUGAGAUUACUUUUGGUCUUUAUGCACCAUUCACAAAAAUGUCUACAUAUCUUUGCCUUACAACAUUAUUGGUUAGCUCAUUCUUUAGUGCACUUGGAGCCUCUGAUUCAAACAUACAUUAUACAUUAUAUUGACUGUUCUUCUGCUAGCAUCAGUCCCUCCAAUCUGCACAUGUAGACCCCUCUGUUCGGCAGUUAAUUGUCACCCCACUCCUGGCAGUGGGACCCCUGGGGCAACUUUCUGAUAGCUUGUUUUAUUCUCAUCACCAGGUGUGCUUAGAGUAACCAACCUUGUGGACUUGUUGCCAAGAAGCACUAAAUAGGAAAGUGUGGAUUUCAGAAUCACAAAGCCAGUGUAGCCAAAUGGACUGUUUAUGUGGCGCCUUUAAACGACCACAUCCCAGUUCCAUCUUCAAGUGGCUACAGAUGCCCUGCCUACACUUAGAUUUCUAGUAAGCAUUUGAGUGCUCCUCACCUAUCCUGCAGGAGAGCCCUAUACAUUGCUCCCAUACCACUAAAGAAUGUCAGAGGGACAGAAACUACAAUUCUGCUGCUGGCCCCAAGCUUUUUCAGGGCUCAGGGUCUUAACAAUCUCAGACACCAACAAAGCUGUCACUCUAACCCAAAAAGAUUGUUUCCUCUUGAUCAGAGAUGCAAUAGAGAAGGUGGACCUUAUUUUCUUGUUUAAAAAAGGAUGGUAGUUUCUGCCUAAUUUUGGAUCAUGUCAUGGUAUCACUUCUCUCUUGUCUUUCUAAAAUCCUUGUAAGUGCUGUCUUGUCAAGAGUUUCUCUAUCUCAUUCAAACUAACCUCCAAGAUCCUAACCAGUCUGGCUUCAAAGCAAUACAUUCCACAGAAACUGCCUUUAUCACCAUUACUGAGAAGCUUUGUGCUUCUAGAUCAGUCAAACUGUCAUCAGUCUUCAUCCUCCUCGACCAGUAAACAGCUUUCAACAAAAUUAAUCACAAGACUCUCCUGUCCAUCCUCAUGAGUCUUGGAAUUCAUGACAGAGCAUGGCCGUGGUUUGCUUCAUACUUAGAGGGAUGGCCAUAUCAGGUGACAUGGAGCAGCUCCACAUCUGCUCCAUGCAGACUUUCCACUGGUUGGUUUCCCACAAGACUCUAGUGCUGUUCUCCCUCUAUACCCACUCUCUUGGUGAGAUCAUAUCCUCACAUGGGUUUUCAUACCACAGAUAUGCUGAUGACACUCAACUCAACUCUCCUUUCCUCCCUCAGUCACUCAUGUUUCCGCUCUGAUCUCAGCAUAUCUGGCAGACAUCUCACUGUGGAUGGCAGCACAUCAGCUGAAACUUAAACCCUGCAAAACACAGCUGCUGCACAUCCCUGGAAAUGCAUCCCCAUGUCAACAUCUUGUGAUCUCCCUAGACAACUCUCAGAUCUCAUCUUCUGUCACUGCACACAGCCUGGGGCUAACCAUGGACAAACAACUUUCCUUCACACCUCACAUUGCUAAACUGUCUCACUUGUGCUGGUUUCCCUCUACAGUAUUAGGAGGAUCCAGCCAUUUUACCCACAGAGGCCACUCAGGUGCUUGUUCAGUCACUUGUCAUUUUGAAACUGAACUACUGCAACUCACUCCUGGCAUGUCUGAUCCUAUGCACCAGCAACUAUUCCAGAAUGCAGCCAUAUGGCUUCUUUUCAACCUCCUCAAGUUCUCCCAUUCCACCCCAUUGCUAAACUCCCUCCACUGGCUUCCUGUACCUGCCUGCCUCAGAUUUACAACACUGAUGCUUGCCUACAAAGCCAAAAAUUCAACAGCGCCCACCUACUUUAAAGCACAUAUCACACCCUGCUCUGCAUCAUGCUCCUUCUGAACCUCUAGCAUGGCUUGAUUGGACCCACCAUCUCUCAGGGUACAAGGAAGAUAUGCAUUAAGGCUCUUCUCCAUCCUGGAACCUAGGUGGUGGAAUGAACUUCCCCAGACUGUCCAAACAGGUGAAUCACUGGCUGUCUUUAUACGAAGACUAAAGACCACGAAGCAGUUAAAUUAGCACUUUGUUAUUUAUUUAUUUUUUUUACAUUCACAUUCACAUGUAUGGCAUUUGGCAGACGCCCUUAUCCAGAGCGACUUGCAACAGUGCUUUGAAGUCUAUCAAAAAUACAUUCUGAUACUGGCUCACUAGGUCACAAACUAGGAAUACCAUCAGUCCAAAACUCUGUUGGGGAGGUAAUAGACAAGUGCUCAGACAAUACAUUUUUUUUUUCAAUCCUGACCUAAAUGUUGUCCUAAAUCCUGACCAAGUGAUCUACCAUGAGACUACAAAGCACUUCUGUAAGUCAGGUUAUUAAGAAUAUUUAGUAAUGCCAUAUGGCCUGGUCAACACACACCUUAGCAUGUCACUCUUUCAUUAACUGCAAUGUAAAGGACAUGCUCUACCAUUUCUAAUUGCCUGUGCUGAUAAUAUUUUUGAUUUAUUCCUCACUAUUCUCUGAACACAUCACUCAUGUCAGAGCAGUACUCAGUGGACUCCUUGAAAACAAUCUCUUAGCAAAGACUGAAAAAAAUCUGAAUUUCCCAAGCAAUUCAUCUGUUUCCUGGGGAAGACUGGAAGUCCAGAGGGAGUCACCAUGGGCAAUACAAGGAAGGGACUGUUGAGAAUUGGCCAACCCCUACUAAUAGGUACAAGACUUCCACUCAAUAAAGAAAGCCUCACAACUCCCAUUCUUAAGCAUCCUGAUACUAAGUGCCCGAUCAUAGUAGAAGUAAAUGCUUCAGAAGCAAGAGUGGUGAGUGUAUUGUGACAAGGUUUAGCAGAUGUUCCAACAAUUUUAAAUUUUCCCAAAAUUUUCAAAUUCAUAAAAAUUCACACAAAGUGGUAUGAAAAGAUAUCAGGGUGAAGGUUAGGGGCAGGGUUAGUGUCCAUGUUUUUGUUAUGUGUAUUUGAAUAAUAAAAAAAAACACAAUGCCUUUGUUUAUUCAAAUUUGUCUAAAUUUCUCACAAGACAAGGUUACACAAUAAUGACAAUUAUUUGGAUUUGUUUAUCUAAGACUUGAGACUUGACAUGUCCUUGGCCAUUUUUACUUAACCUUACAUGCUCUGAUAUGUGUAAAUAUGCUCCAUAAAAAUUAUGUAGCCUAUUUACUCAACCUUAAUUAAGGUAGCUAAAGUCCUUAUGAUAAUAGAAUUUGAAUAGUCACUGGUGGCAGUCUCCCUCCUCCCUUUCCUACCAUUGACGACCUGACAUAUAGGACCCAUAUGAGUAAAGCACGUCAAAGAACAAUGUCCUGUCUCUCCAAAUAGCCUUCUGGAAGUAGCAUGUUGCGGACUUUGGAGUUGACUUGAACAUGGGGAUGAGUUGACUCAGCUUGAACUUGCAAGCUGCUAACUGUUAACACAACUUGGACUUGAAUCUAAAUACUUGACUACUGAUAUACAAUACACAAGUAUGAACACAGAGAUCUCUGAUACUUUGUCAUGUUGCUAGUUUGUGCACUACUUUCCUCUAGUCAGCACUCAAUUAAUACAGCUUUAGAUGUAGGUGUAACAGAUAAUAAUAGUGGUUGUUUGAGUGAUACCCCCGAUGUCAUUUCUGACUUCAGCAUUCAAAUGGUAGUAGGAGACCUUAUUCAGAGACACACAUUUGCACUGAAGUGAUUUGGAUGGUCGUUGCUAUUCCAAGCUCAUUAAGAUCACUGGGCUACACAUUUACCCAAAGGGGUUCAUUUGAAAAUGGUGUUUACAGUGUUGUGUAUAAACACAAUGCUCAGCCUCAGAAGCCAAAGUGACAUUCUGUCAGGUCUCAGAACCUCAGAAUAGAACCCUGGAACAUACCAGAGAUUAAACUGGGUUUAAGAUGCCGAUCCAUCAUUUGUUUUACACUUCCCUUAGGACGCUAAUGGAAUUUUUCACGGGUGCUUUUAUUUGUAUUGCUCUGAGCUGAUCACAAGUGUAGUGCACAUUUAGAAGACAUGGACUAUAUCUCAACUUACACACUAUCUAGUGGGUGAAUUUUGUGUAGGGUAGUAAUGUCUCACAUUAAACACAUUUCCAUGCAGUACCCCACAUCAUUAGCCACAUAAGAUCACUACAUAAGCUACAUUAGGAAUCUACAAACACAAGAAUAUUUUUAUAUAUGUAGCCCAUGCAGUAAAUGCCACUACGGUGAACAGACUUAUGGCAUUGCCUACUUCAUAAAGGAUAUAUCCAAUACUAUUUUCAAACUUGCCCAUAAUAGGUCCUUAUCUCCAGAGUUCGAAGUCUGUCUAUCCUAGGAAACUGCCUCACCUGCCUGGAACCCACUGCCCAUU